AUGGAACCAGCUUGUGACUCAUGUCCAGCUGACUGGAUUCCCUACAACAACAAAUGCUACCUGUUUUACGACAGGCCACCUCGUUGGAAGACCUGGGAAGAAAGUCGAAGGAUCUGUCAGAUUAGACGAUCAGAUUUGGUUGUAAUUGAUGAUCUGGAGAAGCAGAAAUUUGUCGCCAAACACAUCAAAUACUACUAUGAUAAAGACCAUGGAUACUGGAUGGGGUUGCAAGAAAUUAACAAGACCUGGAUCUGGGUUGAUGGACGUGUAGACACUCUUGGGUUCUGGAUAAAGGAGAACUUCACCAUUCUGCAACCAAAAGUUCUGGUGGUUCCAAGACUAAAUCCCUCAGAGAGCUGGAAGAAAGAAAUGAAUGAGUUUCAGAACAAAUUCAUCUGUGAGCGUGACGCUCGCAAGCCUUAAUGUAACUGACUGUUCUCUUAAUGUUUCAUGCAGGAAUAUCAAUUGUGUCAUGUGUAUAUACAAUGCAUUUCAUCAUGACUUUCAUCAAAUGCUGGU